GAAGAAAGCCUACGUGGACUGGCCCAGGGCAGCGACAAGCGAAGAGCAAUUCGCGAAAGAAAUGCUCAGCGGCGAGCUGGAAGCUCUCAAGGAGGAUCUCGGCAGGAUGAGCAAAAUCCACCAGCAGAGUAUGGAGGAGGUGAUGAACGUCCAGCUCAACGACCUCGCCCUAGUGAUCCCGCUCAAGUUCCAGUUCCAGGUUCUGAAGUACCAGACGAAGACCUGGAAGACCAAUGCCAACUCCAUCAGAAGCUAUGACUCGGGAGGCUUCAAUUGGAUCGAGGUGAUGCGGAACGAAAGGAUGGAUGGAAACCCACCAGGGAGUCCUCCAUACGAGGCGGCUCGAAGGCUACAUCGUUACCGAGUUGAGGAACAACGCCCCUACUUCAUCCAGAAGGCGAAUGUUGGCGACGCAGAGGCCUGGUACUCCCUUGACGAGCAAGGUUGGCGAUGUGAGUCAGACAAUUGGGAAGAAGUUAGCAAGGAUGUUAUCAUCAGGAUACAUGCCCAACCUCGCCAAGAACUAUGUCAUCCCAACAAAGUCGGAGGAGCUCUGAUGCCAAGAAGGCUGAAGUACCGCUGCAACUACAUGGUGGAUGAAAUGGGGAACGUGCAUACUUCGCAAGACAACUGGGUGCGCAAAGGCAAGAAGGGAAGGAAGUCGAAGACGAGCUGGACAGGAUUUACGGCCUUCUGCAACAAGCCGGUGGACCUGGAGGCUUUCGCUGGAGGCAAGCCAAGAGGUCAAGGAGAGAUCUUCGACCACGAGAUUAAGCCCGAGGAGCGUGAAGGCUGGAGAGAGACGGAUCUACAAGAAUGGAAUAAGGUCGCAAGCACUGGAGCUAUUCGUGUGUUGAGUUUGUCGGAGUCUCAGAAGGUGAGGAAGGAGUUCGAGAAGUCCGGGAAAUCAAAUCAGAUCAUUCCCUCCAGAAUGGUUCGUCGGAUGAAACCGGCAGAACAGCCGGGCGAGCCGGCAACACGGAAAAGCAGAUGGUGCUUGAGGGGAGACAAAGAUCCGGAUCCACUGUCGCUAGAAAGGUUUUCGCCUACUUUGUGCAGUGCCACGUUUGGAGUGUUGCUUCAGGCAUGCGCCACACUUCGCUACGAAGCUUCGGUAGGAGACUUGAAAAAUGCGUUUUGUCAAAGUCUUCCUCUCAACCGUGAAGGCGGACCUAUCUAUGCGACUCUCCCAAAGGGGGGAAUCGCUGGACUACACCAAGAUCAGCUGAUUCAGAUCCUGGUCGGCUGCUAUGGACUUCCUGACGCGCCGAUGCACUGGCGACGAUCACUGAAGGAGAGUAUAUUGGCUUUGGGCUACAAGGAGAGCGUGCGGGCCAUAGCAGUGGAAGUUGACGAUUUGUUCAAUUUCGGAAGCAAGCUCCGCUAUGAUCGCAUGAAGCAGCUACAAGAGAAGUAUAAGUUCAGUAAAUUCGAAAUGAUCCCUCCUGCCAAGAACGGUGUCGGCUUCAACGGUCGCCGAAUCCGACAACUCAAAGAUUACAGCUUUGUGGUUGACAUGGAGAAGUUUGUCACGGAGAGACUGGAACCAAUCCAGAUGGCAAAAGGGAGAAAGAGCAAUCCGAAGGCGCUUGCGACAGACUCCGAGAUUGCUCAGAUGCGAGCUGUGGUUGGGAGUCUCAACUGGGCUUCAAGAGAAGAAAGGCCAGAUGCUUCUGCUUCGGCAUCCCUGAGUGCUUUGAAGUUUCCAAAGCCAGUGGUGCAGGAUUUGAUUGAUCUAAACAAAUCCAUUCAGAUGAUCAAGUCGAGGCCGGACCUCAACAUAAAGAUUCGCUCUAUUCCUGCGGACAAGCUGGCAUGGGGUGUCAUGACAGAUGCCUCCUUCGACAACGCUGGAGAUGGGAAGAGUCAGGGAGCCUAUGGAGUUUUAGCCUUUCAUGAAGAUCUUCAAAAGGGCUACCGUGUACCAUGCUCCUUGGUCACAUGGAGAAGCGGAAGGAUUCAACGAGUCGUGAACUCAACCCUGGCGGCUGAGACGCAGAGCCUUUCAAAGGGUCUUGGAGAGUUGUGUUGGAUCAAGAGUGUUUUCAACGAGAUAAUGAAUCCGCACUUCAAGAUCGAGAACUGGGAGACAGAGAUGGAGAACAACAAGGUGUUGGCGAUGGCCCCGGACAGCGUCUCUACAGAGUUCAAGAAGGCCAUUUGCAUAAUCGACGCCAAGGCUCUCUACGACCACCUGUCUCGAGAAAGUGUGGGACCCUCGCAAGCCAAGCGAACGAGUUUGGAAAUCCAAGUGGUUCGUCAGAACAUGAAUGCCAUCAACGGCAAGAUCAGAUGGAUUCCCCACCCCCACAUGGCUAUGGGCUAUGGAUGCCUUGACGAAAAAGGGUGGAAACAUGGAGGCUCUGUACGACCUGCUGGACUCCGGAGAGUUUCAGAUCGUGGAGGAAGCUCAAGCCCUCAAAGACAAGAAAGCCGAGCGCGACCAGAGAGGCUACAACAUACGGUAGAGUUUACUGUCUUCCAGAAACAGAGUUUGGGGAGCUGUGAUUUGUAUAGUGUGAGCUCUUCCUGGAAGGACAGUUGUAAAGCAGAGGUGCCGUCGGCCCUUACCUCUCAAAGGGGCCCCUUGACCAGGUUACGCAGUUUGGACAUCUCAGGCAAUGCAGUGAAAAGCUGUGUGCGCGAGUGCUGA